AUGGCCAAAGGAAAUUCAAAUUCAAUUGCUCUCUCUAUCCCGAUUUUUACCGGAGAAAAAUAUGAUAUUUGGAGUACUAAGAUGAAAACAUAUUUUUUGUCCCAAAACUUAUGGAACAUUGUUAAUGGGGAAAACCCAAAAAACAUUCCCCCUCUCUUUGAGUAUGAUCAUGAGCAGCAGAAUGAUGCAGCAGCACUUUUCAUCCUUCAGCAAGCAGUGGAUGAUAAUAUUUUCCCAAAAAUUUCAUCUAAGAAGAUGGCGAAAGAAGUAUGGGACACUUUUAAAAAAGAGUACCAACGCAAUCCUCAGAGAAAUUGCAAGAAAUACCUGCCACUAUAUCAAACUAUACUCAAAGGCAAUCUAGAAUAUGUAAAAGAACGCUGUGAUGAGGAUAAAGAUGCGUUAGGAGCUAGGAUCACGGUAAAGUUAGACACAGUUCUUCAUGUUUCUGUUGGCGUUGGGACAUGCAAGGCGAAUCAUAUCGUGAAGUAUCUGUUGGGUAAGAUGUCAAUGCAUCAACUGACUUCACAGAAAAAUAAAGAGGGCAACACGGUUCUUUCCAUUGCUGCAAUUGUUAACAAUCUCGAAGCAACCGACAUGAUCAUGAAGAGAGAUAAAUAUCUAUGUUUAAUCCAAGAUCCAAACAAUUUAAAAAGGAUACCUUUGAUUGAGGCUGCUCGACAUGGCCAAAAGAAGAUGAUUAACUAUUUGUUGCAAUUCAGCGACAAUUAUUUGAAUUAUGUUUUUGGUGCAACACAUUCUAAAGAUAAAUCUGGUAUUUCUUUCAUAAACAAGCUUAUAAUUGCUGGAUUUUAUGAGUUGGCGUUAAACUUGCUUCAGAAACAUGAACGAAGUUUAGAUAAAAACAAGGAUUCUUGUGGUGAGUUUUUGAAUACAAUAGCUGGAAAGCCGUCUGCAUUUCCAAGUGGAAGACAAAGAAAGCUACAGUUUCGGCUCCACUUUAUCAUUCCUAAGCAUGCAUUCUCUCUUUUCUCAUCAAUUGCUGCCAUCAUAAUGUUCUUGUCUGUCCUCACCGCACGCUACGCAGAACAUGAUUUUCUUUAUUCGCUACCCAACAAAUUGAUAUGGGGUCUUGUUAUGUUGUUCCUCUCUUUAACGUCACUGAUGGUAGCAUUUUGUGCCACUGUUUAUCUGGUGUUUUCGGAGAAAAAGGAAUAUUGGAUACUUGCUUUAGUGUUUGCAUCAGCUUCGGUCCCUCUCUCCCUGUUUGCAUAUUCGUAA